AUGAAAUUCAAGAACGCUGGACUGUCACAUGAAACGUUGCAGUAUCCCUGCUUAGUAGACAGUCCAUGGACAGCUCGAAAAAUUUGCAAGUUUUGGGACGUCGGGGAUUUUGUGCAGCUGGCAGAGCCUCUGUCAGGACCAAUUCUCUGUCCAGCUGUGGUGAGCUCAGUCAUAAAGUUCAUGACGGUUGCUGACGGUGACACUUUAGCGCUCAUCAUGCCUGUCCGAGCAGAGUGCUGCAGUACCACCGGCUCGGCCUGCCCAUCCUCGGCCUCUCUUGUUCCCCCUGCCCCGAUCAACACCUACCAGCCGGGGGUGGCCACUUCGCUGCUGUACAGCGGCUCACAGUUUCGGGGCUAUCAGAAAAGCAAAGGCAACUCCUACGCCGUUGAGGUUGUUUUGCAGCAUGUGACUGUGGAGGACUCGUAUUUGUGUGGAUACCUGAAGAUCAAAGGUCUGACUGAGGAGUAUCCCACUCUCACAACAUUCUUUGCUGGUGAAAUUAUCAGUCACAAAAGGCCUUUUUUAACUAGGAAAUGGGACGCGGAUGAGGACGUGGACCGAAAGCACUGGGGCAAGUUCCAGCCUUUUUACAAGUAUGCCAAAAGCUUCAACUCGGAUGACUUUGACUAUGAAUCACUGGACAACAGUGAUUAUGUCUUCAUGAGGUGGAAGGAGCAGUUUCUAGUUCCAGACCACACUAUCAAAGACAUUAGCGGUGCUUCCUUCGCUGGCUUCUAUUACAUCUGUUUCCAGAAGUCCACAGCCACCAUCGAGGGGUAUUAUUACCAUAGGAGCUCAGAAUGGUACCAGUCUCUAAACCUGAACCAUGUUCGAGAGCACAGUAUGCCUAUUUAUGAGUUUCGGUGACAAAUGCACACACGGGUAUCCAGUCAAGGAGGGGACAGUUCCUGCUGCCCUGUGGUUAAAUAGAACGGGAACAGCGGAGAGCCCUUUAGUGCCAAGAUCGGAGCUGACCCGUUUUCCUCGCUGCGGAAAUAUAACAUGUGGUCAGACUAUGCUAUGGUGGACUGAAAGAAAGAAGGCACAUGAAGAGAAGCGUUGAAAGGAAGACAAAGAUCAGUGACAGAUGGACGGGUCACUGUAGAGCUCAUCUUUACCUCAGAUUUCAUUUUUAACGGAUUUCCCUUUUUUUUGUUCUGUUUUUAUUUGAAUUAUGUGCUACCUGAUUUCUUUGCGCUCUCAUAGGAUCUGCCCCCCUGUUGUUGGACAUCAAGAUAUGUUCCUGUUUCCCUUCAGUGGAUGCACUAAACAUAAUGGCCUUUCCGCUAAGAGUUGCAAAAGGAAAGGCGUAUUAAGGGUAUAUAUUUGUGAGAAGAGUUUGGUUUAGUAAAGUUAAUUUUAAUAAUCUAACAUCACUUAGACACCCCUCAGUGUUUAUUGCAGAUUAUGAUGGCGGGGUUAUUGCCAUAAGUAGCAAUGAUGAGCAGUGAUCUACUUUUUAUGCAAGGUCUGUAAGACUGUGAGUUAAGGUCUGUUGCUCAGGGAUGGUGUGUUGGGCAAUACGUAUUGAAUAACUAAAAACCAACAACUGAAGGUGGGAGUUGGCCGAGUUGGCUUUACAACGAUGUUGACCUCCGACAGGUUGAUGAUAGCCAAUCAUUUUCAAGCUGCUGCUUUCUCCAACACAGUUGUCUGAACAACUCAACAACAAGUCUUCAAAUGGCUUCACAUCAAAAUGUCUAUGCAAAGCAAAGGUCACUACGAGAUAGGAUUUUUAACAGCAUCUAACUUAUUUUAUUUCAGAGGAUUUAUCUUUCAGAGGGAUUUAUUUAUUUUUUAAAUCAAGAACGACCUUGAGUGAAAAGGCAUAAGAAAAAUAAGACUUACAGAAAAUAUAAGGAGAUUUAUUUAAUGACCAGCAUUUGAAGCUCAGACAUGUGACAGUACAUUCCAACAUGUCACAUAUUGAGUGAUUCUGGGGUUUGACUAACUGGAAAAGUUAAAAUGUAACAUGACAAAACCUAUGAAGUGAUUUAAAUGUUAGUCUUCCAUACAGUCGUGGAUAAAUUAUUUGUUUUCUUUAGUUUCAGUCACAUUUGUCAACAAUUGUCCAUUUUUAGAAGCAGUCAAAUGCUGUAGGGCUGCAACUAACGAUUAUUGUCAUUAUCGAUUUUAAUCUGCUGAAUAUUUUCUAGAUUAAUCGUUGGAUCUAUAAAAUGUCAGAAUAUAGUGAAAAAUGUCCAUCCCAGUUUCUCAAAGUCCAGCGUGUUGUCUUUUAAAUAUCCAAAACCCAAAGAUAAUCAAUGUAAUAUGAUUUGGUUUUUUUUUUAAUCAGGAAAUCUCCAUUUUUCAGAGGCUAAAAAACAGCAUUUUCUGCCAUUUUUGCAUAAAUAAUUCCUUUAAAGUCUAUUGUCAAAAUAGUUAUCGUUUAUAUUUCUGUCAAUCGUAUAAUCAAUUAUUCGACUAAUGGUUCCAGCUCUAUGUGGCUGAAGGAGUUUAUUUUACUGUAUUUUUCUCUUAACCUUUACGAGGCGCAACAGUUGGACGAAACAUUAAAAGCUUCACAUCACAUAGCAGAUACUGUUACUGUUCUGACCUCAGUUGAAAUAUGUGUUUAAAAAAAAAAAAAAAAAAAACAGCACCUCUUGUGUCUCUUGGAGGAAAGUCUAAAGUAGGAAAAAGGGUGAUGGAGGAAGAAUAAAACUUCCUUUGAUGCUUAAGGAAAAACCUGCUGCCUUACAAUUUUAAAUGUUUGUUAAGCUCCCUUUUUUUAAAACACAUUAUUAGGUUACUAAUGUUUUAUUUGAAAUUAAAUCACAAAAGAAUAUUUCUGUUUGAGAGAAAUUGUGCAAAAAAAAUGACUUUUUAUCCACCACCUGAUAUAAAAGUGAUGCGCUGGAGUGUGCAUGUGCUCCGCCUGCCUGCCUGUGUUGCUUCUAGACUUUCAGCCGGCUCGGUCGCCCGCAGCAUGACGAGGGGUUUCGAUGGGUUGUGGGAAUAAGGUUGGCACUAUAAAAACUUUUGUACCCAAAUGUGUGGAUUGAAGAUGAUAACUUGCUUUUUUAUUAAUCAUAUAACAGAGAACACAAAAUGUGCAAUGUAAGAAACAAAUGUUUAUUUAGGGAGGGGGGGGGGUCAUUAAAAGUCUUGAAUAAAUACACGAUUUAAAGAAGACUGUAUGAUAAAUCGGCUGUGAGUGCAUUGACUGAGGAGAAAUAAAAGAGUGAACUAUUUCUUA